AUGCCUAUCGUCGCCAUUGCCCACGUCGUUGAAAUCAUGUUUGCCGGCAUCUUUGCAGGCUCAAUCUCCGAUUAUUGCAGGAAGCACCCUGGAAAGGGUUGUGUCAACAAGCGCGAUCUCCCCGCGGACCUUGCGGCUGCGCCCAUCAUGAACGUCCGUGCCGACGUCGGCCCUUGCAAUGUCCCGAAAUACAACUUCGACAUUUGCAACAAUCAGCUCCGCGACCAGGCCAACCGGGGAAUUAAGGUUCAAACCUCGAUUCCCUCCGCCGGUGUCGGCAAGUUUGACAAUGUUCCGCCCGCCUGCAUGAACCUUGUUGUGGCUCUGUCGGGCUCCUGCACCGGCGAGGGCCCUCGUCCUACUCCUUGCGGCUCAGCCUGCAUGCAGUACUCGGGCCUUUCGGACGACCAGUUCCGCCAGCUCUCCAGCUACCUCAGCUAA